GAAAGCGCCAGGAAAUCAACUGAACAGGUGUCCAGGUCAAACCGCGUUAACAGGUGGCAUUGGCUGUGUCUGUGACAGCGGCUAUGUUCAGUCUUGCACAGAGCCGAGACGGACUCCUCAGUGCUCUCACCGGCGCACUCUGAGAUUACCUCGGUGCUUUUAAAAGGAUCGGUAAUGGCUUUUCAGUGGAUCGAAAAUAUGAAUCAAUAUUUUUUUUAAACUCCUCGUCUCCUGCUGAAGUAUACCGUAUAAAUAGCACGUGUCUUCUAUUCACUCCUUGUUUAGCUAUUAUUUCCUUUAAAAUAGAAAUAUCAUAUGAAUCUCCACGGGAAAACAUGUUAAUCCUGGGGGGUGUUUCCCGAGUGGAGUUUCAGUGCACGAAGCAUUCGGGUGGGUUUAAAAUACUUCGUCUGGCAAUUUAAAGGUGGCGAGGAGUGUACUUGCUCUGUCCGUGACCAUCAUUUCACAAGCUUGCUUUAAAUAGUUUUUUUCCAGCUUCACCAAUGGCCCACGACCGGAUGCGGAGAAGCCUUUGGGACGGCAAAUGGCCUAUUCAGUUUCACGUGGAUGACGCCAUUUAGCCAUUAGCUAUAACCGGACAAAUCACUGCAUGCCGAAGAGAGAGAGAGAGAGAGAGAGAGAGAGAGCAAGAGAGAGAGAGAGAGAGAGAGAGAGAGAGAGAGAGAGAGAGAGAGAGAGAGAGAGCGAGAGCGAGAGCGAGAGGGGAGUCAGGACGGGGCUGUUUGUCUGGGGCGAGAGAGAAAAAAAAAACCUCGUCUGUUAGUGUGAAGUGAGUCUGAGUCAGUGGCAGAGCUGCGGCAUCGGGGAGGGAUAUGGUUCGCCGAUAGACUCUGACAGUCCAGGACACAGCGCCCUUCGCCCGGGAGCUUGUCAUUGAUCGGACACCGACUGCACUUGAAGCACAGCAGACAAGGUUACUGCCACAGCUCAGCCGGCAGCAUCGAAAAUAAACAACCGACAUCUUUGGCGAGGUCUGACCGAUGUGUAGCCAGCCCGCGGGCCUGCUCCGCUCGCUGUCAGAUGGAAGCCCCGACCGCCGUGGAUUCGCCCUUCUCUCUCCAGCUCGCCCACGACAGAGGGCGGCAGCGGAUUGAUCCUGACUCGGGAGAGAUGCAGCCGGGUCCGGUGCUCUCCAUCGACCAGAUCCGGUCCAUCCGGGCCAACAACGACUACGUGGAGCGGCCCAUGGUGACCAUUGCAAGGGUUGCAACCAGCAGCCCGUCCAGCUCGGCGCAGAAGGGGGAGAGGACGGCAGAGCCCAGCCUCGCUGGGGUGGGGGCGCGCUCCUCGGCGCAGCUCCAUCACCACGUUCAGCAGCACUUGAGUCGAUCCACCAGUACUGUCAGCUCGGCAUCCCGGAGCAGCACCACGUCCGAGCACAGACUGCUGGUCAGCGUGAGCUCGUCGCCUUCUGUCCAAGGAAUUAUCAGGGCGCAGCCCAAGGCUGACUUCAAAGCCAACUUUACCAAGGCUCCAGGCGCCGAGGACUGGAGCCAACACUCGCUGCGGUGCGAGGAGUGCGGGAAGUGCAAGUGCGGCUCCUGCACCGCCCCGAGGACUCUGCCUUCGUGCUGGCUCUGUGACCAGAGGUGCCUUUGCUCAUUCCAGAGCGCCCUGGAGUACGGCACUUGUGUCUGCUGUGUCAAGGGCCUCUUCUACCAUUGCUCCAACGACGACGAGGAUAAUUGUGCGGACAACCCGUGCUCCUGCAGCCAAGGCAACUGCUGCGCUCGUUGGACCGCCAUGGGCCUCAUCUCUAUCUUCCUGCCCUGCUUAUGGUGCUAUUUGCCGGCUAAAGGAUGCCUUCGACUCUGCCAAGGUUGUUAUGACGGCGUCAAGCGGCCGGGUUGCAGGUGCAAGAACUCCAACACCGUGUGCAGGAAAGUUUCAAACGCACCUUGUCCCAAAACCUUCGACAAACCUUUGUGACCAAGAGACUUUACCUAUACCGUGACCAAUGCUAACCCUGUGGAAGUUCAGAAGUCACAUUCUCCAAAGCUUCCUUCACCCCUUGGAGAGAUUUCCAAGGGGGGUUGAAUUCUCGCGCUGAGACUACCCCACUGUGUGUGUGUGUGACUAUUUGUGUGACUGUGUGUGUGAUUGUGUGUGUGUGUGUGUGACUGUGUGUGCGAUUGUGUGUGUGUGUAUAAGAGAGAGCGGUAGCAGUGGAGUGGAGAGCAGAUUCUCAGCUGGCUGUUUGUAACUUCCUGGAAAUCUAAUGGUUCUCUCAAUAUCUUGGAGUUUGAGCAUUUAUAGUCGACCGAGGGAAAGGGGACCAUCUAGACCAUUCCACGUUAAGCACCUUCUUGUGGGUUCUUCCUGUGUUUGUUGCAAGCCCAAACCAUUUAUUUAUGUGGCUGGCAAUGAUUCCCACUGUAGAGAGUAUCAAGUACACCAACGGAAAGAAAUUGAAUGUUCUCCAUAGCCCACUACCCACCCCCCCCCCCCCCCACACCUCACUCCGAGGGUGGCUACCUACACAGGACGGGCUUCCAUCUCGGAGGGCCUAAGAGUUGGAGGAGAACAGAAGCUUCUUCUUUGAGUGAUCCCCGUGUGGAGACAUGGGAAGCGAGCCCUCCCUCUGCCAGAUGGUUGCGUCUUCAAUAAACCACUGUUUAUGGGAAAACCAUGCAACUUGUCUUCCGUCAAUGCAUUAAAUAUGUAUUGCUUGGCUUAGAAAUGCGAUAUAGUCAAUUGACAAUAUAUUCUCUUUCUCUUGAAUCACAGACGCGAUUAUUUACGUAUUCUUCUGUCAGUUACUCAAAAGGUUCGGUUAUGGGGAGCGGGCGGCGUUUGAAACCGUUUUGAUUCUUUGUCAAUUCAUGGAUUCCGAGCGCGAUUGUUUGCAAAUGUUCGGCUGAUACUUUUCGUUUGCUAACACUCAAAGUGGAGUAGCUAUUCUUUUCCAAUGGAUUUGUGUUUUUAAGAGGAAACGCGUUCGCUCCCCAUGUCCCUUCCCCUUGCUCAUCGGUGGCCGUUACACGGGGACUUAAUAUGGAUUUCAACAAGUUGGGUAAUUGACACGCGGUAUAUCUGCAUGUGGUUGAGAGGGUUGGGUGGCACUUUUAUGGCGAAGAAGGCGGAAUUUUCAAUGUUAGGCAGACUUUUUUUUGCCACGUUGAUGUUCAUCAUCACAUCGUGCGUGCACCGCGUUUCAUCGCCCUCCUAGAUUAGGACUUCCUAUGUAGUGGGAAUGCGUGCU